UAUAAUAAUAAUUCUAUUUAAAAUAGUUGAUUAAUAAUUAAUCAACUGAAUUGCAAUCAUCCCCUUUCCCACGUAACCUCAAAAUCCUUCCUCUAGAGAUUGUAUAUAUAAAACAAAAACAGGUAGCAUCUAAUCUGAUCAUCGUCGUCAACCUCAAAACCCACCCUUUCUCUUUUUUUUUUUUUUUUCAAAAUUCAAUACGAUUAGGAUCCCAGGAAGAAUAAAGAACAACCCAGUCAAUCCUAUUUUCACUAUCUUUGAAUUAUAUAUAUUUUAAAAUCUGAUUCAGUAAUUGAAUUAGCUGCUUGUUUGGGUCUAUAAAAACAAAACGAAAUUGAAGGACGGGAAUGGAAAAGAUUGGUGAAUUAUUGUAAAUCAAAGAGAGUUUGAGAAAUCAAAGGAUGCCAGGAUUAGCGCGAAGAAAUGAGCGGUAUAGUAAUGCCUCAUUUGCUUUUUGGUCUAAACAUAGCGAUGAUGUUGGCUACAUUCAACCCCAGCAGUUCUGGAGUGAGCUGUCAUUGCAAGCUCGGCAGGAGCUCCUUAGAAUUGAUCAAACCCUCUUUGAGCAAGCUCGUAAGAACAUGUACUGCUCCAGAUGUAAUGGGCUACUGCUUGAAGGUUUUUUCCAGAUUGUCAUGUAUGGAAAAUCAUUGCAGCAGGAGAAAGUAGCUGGUAAUCUUCAUUCCAACAGGUCAGGAGUCUCAAAAAACCAAAUUGAUGGUGGAUUGAGUAUGACAGAUGGGUCAAAAGAUGAAAUUCAAGAUCCAUCUGUCCAUCCUUGGGGGGGUCUGACCACAACUCGUGAUGGGUCAUUGAUACUUCUUGACUCCUAUUUGUCCUCAGAAUCGCUUGAUGGGCUCCAAAAUGUAUUUGACAGUGCACGUGAAAGGGAGCGGGAGCGUGAGUUGCUCUAUCCUGAUGCUUGUGGUGGGGGAGGUCGAGGUUGGAUAAGCCAAGGAAUUGCUAGUUACGGAAGAGGACAUGGAGCAAGAGAAGCAUGUGCACUGCACACUUCCAGGCUUUCUUGUGACACCUUUAUGGAUUUUUGGUCAGCUCUAGGAGAGGAAACUCAGCAAUCUCUCUUAAGAAUGAAGGAAGAGGAUUUUAUUGAGAGGCUCAUCUACAGGUGUUUUGACGGCAAGAGAUUUUGCAGAGAUUGCAGAAGAAAUGUUAUCCAUGAGUUCAAGGAACUGAAGGAACUACAACGCAUGCGAAGAGAACCUCAAUGUAUUAGUUGGUUUUGUGCUGCAGAUACAUCUUUUCUAUAUGAGGUAUCUGAUGACAGAGUCCAGGCUGAUUGGCACCAAACUUUUGCUGACACUUAUGGAACCUACCACCAUUUUGAAUGGGCAGUUGAAACUGGGGUGGGAAAGUCAGAUAUUAUGGAAUUUGAAAAUGUUGGCAUGAAAGGAAGUGUUCAAGUCAAUGGCUUGGAUCUUGAAUGCUUGAAUUCCUGUUAUAUCACCCUGAGGGCCUGGAAAUUGGAUGGCCGCUGCUCUGAGCUUUCUGUAAAAGCCCAUGCUUUAAAGGGCCAACAAUGUGUUCAUUGCAGGCUUGUAGUUGGAAAUGGUUUUGUUAGAAUCACAACAGGUGGAAGUAUUAGAAGGUUUUUUAAGCAUGCGGAAGAGGCUGAGGAAGAAGAGGAUGAUGGUUCCAUUGACAAGGAUGGAAAUGAACUCGAUGGAGAGUGUUCGCUUCCCCAAAAGCAUGCAAAGAGUCCUGAACUUGCUCGACAGUUUCUCCUUGAUGCAGCGACUGUUAUAUUUAAAGAACAGGUUAAAAAGGCUUUUAGGGAAGGCACAGCACUCCAGAAUGCACAGAGUAUCUUUAUUUGUCUUGCACUGAAGCUGCUGGAAGGACGUGUUCAUGUUGCAUGCAAGGAAAUUAUUACCUUAGAAAAGCGGAUGAAGCUUCUUGAAGAAGAAGAGAAGGAAAAGCGUGAAGAAGAAGAACGCAAGGAGAGGAAAAGAACAAAAGAACAAAAAAAAAAGCACAGGAGAAAGGAGAGACUAAAUGGAAAAGCAAGAGAGAAAGAAAAAUAUUGUUCCGUGUCAAGUAUUACUUCUGUUGCUCUUGAUGUCUCAAAUGAAGAAUCUUCACGUAGUGUAGAGGUUGAAGAAAAUGUUGCUAUUAAUUGCAAAGAUUCUGUUGGUGACACAGGUGAUAUUAUUGUGUCUAGACCUGAUUUUACAAAUGUUGAAGAACAGUCUGUAAAUGGGCAUUCCCCUUUGAGUUUGCAAAAUCAAAUCUUUGAUAGUCCUGAUGGAGAUGGUAUGGAAGUGAAAGAUGGGAAUGGCCCUUUUACAGAGCGAUCAAAAUUUUCUUGGCAGAGAUUGAAGUUUCGAAAGGAUGGUCAAUUUGAUUCAUCCCUGAAACGGUGUGCUCGGCGUCAGGUUGCUGUUGUUUCAGAAAGUGCUCCUGUUCAUAGAUCUCAGCCAAGAUAUCAAGGGCAAAACUUUGAAGCCCCUUCCAGGAGCAUCAAUGGAUUAAAUAGGCAAUUAAAGAUAAGCAGUGCAAGGUCCAGUGGUCAGCUUUGUGGUGUUAAGUGUACUGAGAAGUUUCAGUGUUCCAACAGUCAGAGUGACAGAUACAAUUGCUACUCUUGCAGUUGCUAUCAACACAAUGAGUAUAGAGCCAAGAUGAUGCCACAUGUUUCUGCAACUAGAGUAGGUAGAGAACCCAAAUCUGUGAGCAAAUCAGAAUCUGCACUGGAUAUGUCUAAGCAAGUCCCCCAAGGUAACAAGUAUAAUAUGCAAGAUUAUAUACGUGAAGAUUGUGGAAAGCUAAAAAAUAAAAUUAUGGUUGGAGCACAUCAUUCUGCUCGAGAUUCACUUCACUGCAAGAAAGUUUGGGGGGCCAUAGGAGCUGGACCUGAUGAUAAUUUUAAUAAGUCAUCUGGUGCGACAUGGUCAAGUGAAGGUAGUGUAAAUUUGGGUGAAACUGAUCAUGAGCACAGCAAGGUUAUCAAAUCAAGAAACUCCAGCCUCGCAACAAAUGAGGACUUUCAUGUGGAAAAACAGGAUGAAUGCUUGUCACUGAAUGCUGCAUAUGAGGAAAUUGGAAUUUAUCCUAAUAGAAAUCCUACCUUGAAUGGGAGUUCUCUUUCUAUGAUUAGUUGGAAGUCUAGUUCUGAUAAUUUCUCUUGCUAUGAUCUCAGCAAUACCUCCUCUUCAAAUCAUGGAAAUUUCGGAUCGUCAUCGACAUCAGAUUCUGAAGAUGCCAGUCAACAGUCAGCAGGGAGAGAUACUUCACUUUACACAAAAAAUGGCUUCAGUGAGUGUCAGGUGAAAGGAAAGGAUAAAAAGCAGGAUGUUAGUGGAGGGGUUGCUCCAGAAAGCCAGGCAUUGUUUGGACAUUCACCUGAUGGUCGAGGGAACAAGGUAUCAGGAAAUCUGCUGAUAAAAACUGCUGAAAAUUUUGAAGAUGGAAAAGCAACUGCUCUUACGAGUUCUCAGCAUCAAAGCAUGUCUACAUCAAUGCAAAACCAACAUUUACAAUUUCUAUUUCAAGCUCCUUCGGCCAUGGGUUACUACCAUCAGAAUCCUGUUUCUUGGCCAGCAACUCCAGCUAAUGGAUUAAUGCCUUUCCCUCCAAACCCUUAUCUAUAUACAGCCGCUCUUGGCUAUGGUUCUAACGGCAACUCACCUUUAUGCAUGCCGUAUAGCACGCUACUGCAUUUACGGACACCCCUGUUUAAUCCUGGUUCUGUUCCCAUUUAUCGUCCAAUCUCAAAUGUCAAUGGCUUGUACGCUGAGCAAAUUCAGUUUCCCGAGCCUGGUACAGAAAAAGAAGCUUUGCCUGAAGUUAAUUCAAAGGGGGUUCCUCAGGCUGCAAAUAACAGAACAAGCGAGAAAGGAGAAGGUAGGCAGAAUGUUGUUUAUGCCAAAUUGCACACGGAUGACACUAGCUUUUCCUUGUUCCAGUUUGGUGGGCCUGUGGCUCUUUCAACAGGAUGCAAAUCUAAUCUUGUUCCUUUGAAGGAUGAGAUUGUUGUGGUAGAACAUUCAUCUCAAUUUUCUGCGGAUCAUGUUGAAAACAAUCAUGCUUGCAAUAAAAAAGAGUCUACAAUUGAAGAAUACAAUUUGUUUGCAGCGAGCAAUGGCUUAAGAUUUUCGUUAUUCAAAACAUAAAUAGUUAGGUAUAGGUGAAGGUUUUGGAAUUCGUCCCCAUCUUCUUGCCCAAAAUAUACUAAGUUUGAGAUAUUUUGUAAUUUGGUAUACAAUAAUCUUACUGUAUAAGAAAAUCCAGUUUUAGCUCUUACUAAGAUACCCAUUUUCUUAUUAUUUUAUCUAAUAUAAACACAUAAUUUUGAACUAA